AUGGCUUCCUAUGGGAAUGAGAUAGAACGAUGGAACCUCAAGCAAGCUGGCAAAAUUGCAGAACUGUUGGAGCCAGUGGCCUCACCUGAUUAUGGAAACAGGCUCUCGCCACUUAAAUCCAUCAGCAGCAUAGACCACCUCUUAGACUCUGCUUACAGCUCUUUCUCUGGUGGCUCAAACGUUCCAGAAUAUCAUUCUCCAUCAUAUUAUAAUGAAAACUAUUGUCUGCCCUUAGAGCAAUUGCCAUAUAUGGACUCGGAAUAUGUAAGAGGAAUUUAUAAUCCUAAUGCAAUAAACUCUGAUCCUAAACCCACACAUCAGCACAAGUCACUGGAGCUGAGUAGUCAUCACAACUCUGACAAUACUGGGCUCAGUGGACAAUACAGAAGCACUCCUACCCAUGGGACUUUAUAUCAGCCACCAUCACCUCUGGCUUUACCCCCUCAUCCACCAUCACCACCAGCACGACUUCAUAGCUAUAAAGCUACCAGAAAUUUUGAAAAUACAAGAGGGAAAUCUAAUUCUGGAAAUCAUUUUGACCAUAGUGUACAACUAGCUACUUGUGCUCAGGAUAUUAGCAAUGCCCUUCUCCCCUCUGAUUCAGGGACAAACUGGGUAUCCAGGUCGAAGAAUGAGGGGCUAAUGACCGAGGAAAACAAAGAGAGGGAUCCAUCCCAAGAUGGCACAAAGCAAAACAAGCCUCAUGUUUUCAUCAGACCCUCGUCUAUUAUUUUUCAAGAAUAUUUAAAGUCUGAUUCUUUGGCUAAGACCCCAGAUCUUUUCUGUACUCAGAAUUCAGUCCAAGCUUAUAAAAUUCCUGAGGAGAUGACCUCUAAGUCCUCUCAUUCACUGCAUACCAACCUCAGUGCUGUUAAUGAUACACAAGAGAACAAACAGUAUCUUUUUGCCUGUGGUGUACACAAACCACCCUUUAGAGAAGCAGAUUUGCAAAGCAGAGUCUCAGAAUCCAGCCAACAAAAGGGACAGUUUCCCUGCAUUCAGUGCCCAGGCUGGACUGAAGAGUAUUCAAGCUUGGAUCAGGAUGUAUUGGAGAGUAGUGCAGGCUUAAAAUACAUGGACAGUUCUCUUCCAAGUGAAGAUGUGUCGGAGAAACUGAACAACUCUGAGGACAAGAAUUGGUGCUCCGGCUCCAAAGAAGAAAACAGGAAUGAUGUUUGGGAACUACUUCCCAAUCAACAUAUCAAAAUGCAGAAAUCACCACUGUCCGACUGCUUGGAUGGUAUAGAAACAGAGCCUACUCACCAUGGGGAAUUGGAUUUUGGAAAUAAGCAAUUUUCUGAUAGUGCUGACCAAACAUCUUAUUACAGACCAAACGAUGACUCCCCAUCCCAAUUUCUAAAUGGACUCCAGAGAGAAAUACAAGCUAACAAUAGCGGUCCUGACCUUAGCAUGAACCCAAAGGAAGAGGACAUCCUAAAUCCUGUUCAUCAUAGAAAACACCAACUUGAAUUUCAAAAGAAGCUUGAAAGGCAGCCUCAGGAUGAUUCUGCCAGUGAAAAGAUAAACAGGCAGACAACUCCUCUCCUUUAUUACCUUUCUGGUGGGAAAAACACCAACAUUCUGAGUCACAAAAAUCACACUCAGCAAGAUGAGGACUCGGGGAGUUUGCCUAAGACCUCUCCAAGGAGCAAUCGCCCUGUUUCUGCACAACCUAUAGAGAUACAAAGAGAAAUUAACCAGCUUCAAAAGAACAAACACCAUCUUCAGUGCACAGGGCAUGAUACCAUUAAUGAGACUGGUGAUGUAAUUCUGGGGAGCUCUGCUUCAUCAGUGGAUGAGAGUUUCAAGAAUGAUUACAGGGAAAAACUUAAAGUUGCUCAAAGAAAGGUACUGAGAGAAACAUCUUUCAAAAGAAAGGAUUUACAGAUGAGUUUGCCCAUAAGGCUGAAGCAGAAACCCUCCAAAAGACCUUCAAUUGAUCAUCUCAGAUCGUUGUCCUUAUCCAGUGCAAAUGAGGAUGCUAAAUUGAUUCUUCCUCCCAAGUCUCUGGAAAACAGCAGCAAAGAUGAAGAAACAAAGAGGCCACAAGCUGCUCGAAUAGGAGGAAGAAAAAGGAUAACAGAAGAACAAAAGAAAUUGUGCUAUUCUGAACCCGAGAAGCUCAAUAAACUGGACGAUCAGCAAGAUCAGGGUGUACCAUGGAGGGAAGAAAGCACAGGGGUCAGGUCGGAUGAAAUUAAUGAACAAGAUUCAAUGGCAGGCAGAAGAAAGAUUCUGGAAAACCGAGGGAGUGCGCUUGCCAGUUCCAAUCUCUCCAAGACCGAGUUGAAGCAAAUCCAGCAUACUGCACUUAUUGAAUACAUGGAACGAAAGAUUGCACAAAGGCCCGCUAGUGCUCUGCAGAAACCGCCCCUGCAGAAGAGGCCUUCCAAUGCUAAGAGGCUUCCUGAGGGCAAGACUUCCAACGCAGAUAUUAGCAGGAAGACCCAAAAUAAUGAGGUAAUCUGCCAAUUUCUCUCUCCAGAAAGAAUUCCAGAACCCUCCCCUGCUUUAAUUGCCACAGGGAUCUGGACCAGUAGACACAGUGCUAGUUCUUCUGCUACUGAGGCAGUACAUUCAAAACCCAAGUCUGCUGCCAGGGAAACAGACGGAAACUGCACCGGCAAAUGUGCUUCAGCUGAAAAUCUCCUUCCAUCAGGGGCUUCUGCAUCCAGCAAAGAUCGAGAACGAUCAAAAUCAUCUCCUUCUCCUGCAUGGGACCUUCAUAGAUGUACAACUUUCCCGGCAUCAUCAAUUCAAGGUUGUGAAAACUAUCCCAUCAUCCCCAGCUUUCUAGCAAAGAAUGAAGUCGAGUUGGCAGAGGAAAAAGACUGUGUGAGAGAUGAAAAGCAGCGAGUCUGCACAGCCAGAGGAAGGGGAAAGUCUAUGGAAGAAAUUGGAAUUUCAGAAACUGUAAGACUUUCAUUGUUGAGCCAAAGCACAGAUCAGCUUCAUCACAUGAAAAGCCUGCACAUCUUGCCAGUGCCUGGACUUGAACGUGGUAAAAACAGCUCAGCUGCAAACCAUCAAAGUGAUCUGCACAGCACCAAGUCUGUAUCAGGAAAUCUGCCCAGACAAAUAAAUACUGAAGACAUUGUGGGGCUCAAGAGAUCAGAUACAACGGUCCAAAAACUUGAAAGGCUUCCUAGCACAACAAAGCCCUAUGGCAUUUCCUUAAGUACUGAAAAUCUACCCCCAUGGUGUGUAUCCUCCCUGGGCACAUUGCAAUCUCCACUAUUACAUUCAGAGUCUCCUCUUCACUCUCCACUGCCCCUGUCUUCUGUGGAAGAAGACAAUGUUUUCUUCAAUGACUCCGUCACUAAUGGCUUAGAAAUAACGUCAAAGCCUUCUUGUCUCUAUGGACAAAGUGAUACUUUAGUUUCAAGAACAGACAUGCCAGAAUCUCUCCUGACAGUAUUGUCUUUGCAAGUUGCCUUGGAGGGAAAGCAAAGUAAAGCAGAACAAAAAGCCAGACUCCAGAUUCCUGAGAAAGACGAAUCCAGUCUUGGGAGUAGGAAUGAGGAGAAUAAAGACAGUAGUGCAGUUGUGAAUUCAUGUUGUCCAGAUGUCAAGGAACUAACUCCUGAAAUCCCUAUUCUGUUCCCCAGAAGAGGAGGCAAUGAAGAGACUCAGGUGGAAAAAGAAUGCAGAGUAAAAUCUCUGGCUGGAAAUGCUUCAAAGGGAACCCCCCGUCCGCAAUUAGAGGCAAAUGAUAUUGCACUUUCCCAGGAAAAAAUAAAUUGCCACACGGCAUCAUCAGCUCAGUCCGAGCAAGGAGAUAAAAUCAGUAGUUCAGCCUUAAAUGAAAAAGCAGCAUACAACAGCCAGAAUCGUGUCCUGCCAGAAAAGGAGACAGAUUUUCCUAAAAGGAGACUGAAAUCCCCUGAAGACCAGAGAUAUGAAGAACUUGUUAUGGAGAUCAUUGCCAAAGACAAUUCUCUGGCUGAUAUCCUCAUCCCUCGUCCUACUAGAAAAACUGCACUAGACCUCCUGGAGGGCCUUUUUCCUGUUAACAUUUCAAUGUCUGACAGAUCACACAGGAAUAAGGGAGCUAGAAUGAGAGAAGAGGUGCAGCCUGUUCUAGAAAAUGAUAGCAGGAAAAGUAUUGACGGUCCAACAGAACCAUGUUCUGAAGCUGAACGCAGUGCAGGUCACAGUACAGAAGAUCCCAAUUCUAACAUGAACCAAAUCCUGAUUAAGAACGGAGAUGGCUCAAGUGACCUUGAUGAUCUCACUUCCAAGAAAAAGGAACUUAUUUCUAGCAUCCAAUCAAAACUGUACACCCUCUGGGAAGAAAGGGAACUUGUCCUAUCCGAAACCAAGGAGUAUGCUCUGCGUGGCAAAGAGCUAGAGGCAAUGGUACAAGAUGUCUGCAAGCCCAAUGAAUAUGAGCGCUACCUGAUGUUCGUUGGUGAUCUGGAAAAGGUAGUGAGCCUGCUGCUCUGUUUGUCCAGCCGCCUCGCUCGCGUCCAAAAUGCCAUGAGGAAAAUCAAUGAGAAUACAGAUGCUGAGGAGAAGCAAUCAUUAAAUGAGCGGCACAACCUCCUGUCUAGACAGCGGGAAGAUGCAAAAGAUCUGAAAGAAAACCUGGAUCGCAGGGAAAGAGUGGUUUCUGGUAUCCUUUCCAAAUACCUGACUGACCAGCAACUCCAGGACUACAAACACUUUGUUCAAGUGAAGACCUCUUUACUGAUUGAACAGAAAGACCUUGAGGAGCAGAUUAAAUUUCUCGAGGAGCAGCUGGAGAGCCUAGAGAAGAGCAUCCUGCUCUGA